AGCUAUCCAAUCCUCACUGAAGAACCCAAUUCAUCUUCGUUUACUCUCUCCCAGAUUAAUCCCUCUCAACCAAAUACAGAGCCCGCCGGCUGUCCCGGAAAAUGGCAGUCACCGGAACCAAUCAAUCACCGCCUGCACUCUCAGCCACAGCUCACGACGGCGACGAUUCCCUCCCCGUCGUUCUAAUCCACCGUUUCCCAACCUUCACUGGCAGCCUUUUCCCCAGCUUGCCCACUCACUUCCGCCUCCUCGAUCUCCUCACCACUGACGCCUCGAAUCUCCAAUCCGCCUCCGCAAUCCUCUGCGUCGGCCCGCCGCCGCCCGUCACCCCCGAAUUCCUCGAUCGAUUUCCCUCCCUCAAAAUCGUCGUCUGCUCGAGCGUCGGCGUUGACCACGUGGACCUCCCCGAGUGCCGGCAGAGAGGCAUCGUCGUCACCAACGCCGGCUCCGCCUUCGCGGAGGACGUGGCAGACUACGCCGUCGCCCUGCUGAUUGAUGUUCUCAGGAGAGUCUCGGCCGCUGACCGCUACGUUCGGGCCGGGUCCUGGCCCGUUAAGGGAGAUUACCCGCUGGGCUCCAAGGUCAGCGGAAAACGAGUCGGAAUUCUGGGACUCGGACGCAUCGGCUCGGCGAUAGCGACUCGGCUCGCCGCCUUCGGCUGCCAAAUCCGCUAUAGUUCAAGAAAAGAGAAGCCUUCUCUGCCAUUUCCAUUCUACAAAACCGCUCUCGAUCUGGCGGCCAACAGCGACGUUCUGAUCGCGUGUUGCGCCCUGACCGACGAGACCUUCCACGUGAUCAACGGUGAAGUCAUGACGGUGUUAGGCAAGCAAGGAGUGAUCAUCAACGUCGGCCGCGGGUCGCUAGUCGACGAGAAGGAGCUCGUGGAGUUUCUGCUCCGGGGCGACCUCGGUGGCGCCGGCCUGGACGUGUUCGAGGACGAGCCCCACGUGCCCAAGGAGCUCUUCGCGUUGGACAACGUCGUGUUGUCGCCGCACAGCGCUGUGGUCACCCCAGAGUCCAUCGGAACUUUGCAGGAUGUGGUGAUUGGGAAUCUAAAGGCCUUCUUCGCCGGCCAACCUCUGAUUUCACCUGUCAUAGAUUGAUUCAACUCCACUUCGAGAUGACAAUUCAAUGCUUUUGGUUGAAUUGCGAAAAGCGGGUAAUUCCCUAAUUCCGAAAUGUUGUUUCUUAUUGAUGUAGCCAAUGUAGCCUCUUGCUGAAAUAAGGUUUGGCAUUGUGCAAUUUGAAUUGAUUUGUGACGUGAUAUCAGAGCUCUCUUUAUCCGAUACGGCUAAAGAUCCAAUCUAUUUAAUACGCUAACAGGGAGCGUGAAUGUAGGGUUUACAUUGGUGGAAUUCACCGGUGCGAUUUAAGCUAUUGGAUGCACAAGGUUGCAUUAUUUAGGGUUCUGUCAUGGCAUAACAUUGAACGACUGAGAUCGAAAGAGAGUGACAUCGGACUCUAUCAGCUCAUGGGUACCCUCUCCUUCAGUAAAGUACCAAAAUUGGACUGGUACUAGCUAAGGAGUGAUGAGUAUCUUCUUAUUGAACAAAACCAAAUGCCAAAAGAACAAAAAGAUUUCAAUGGAGAAAAACAUAAAAUGGAUGGUAUCCUGACCUUCCAUUAUACAACACAGCACAAUAGUCAUCAAACUUGGGAGGGAAAUUCAUAGCAGAAAGGAAAGCAGGAAACCGUAUCAAGUGUAGUGAUGAUGGAGAGGAAGGGUCUUCAUUUGGAAACAAGGGCAUCCUUUUCUUCCUUUUUCCCUUCCUGGCUCUUCCUGAACAGCUUGUGCUCUAUGUGCUGAGCAAAAGUGCGAGGAGGGAACAGAGCUGGGUCUUUCUCCGAAACCACCUCGGGCAACGGCUGGAGUAUGAUCUUCUCCUUGGGCGGCUCGCAGAAGACCGCCCACGAGAUCCUGACCUUCUCCUUGUUAACAAGUCCCCUGUGGAGAAUGCUCUUGUACUUGCCAUUGCUCAGGAUCUCAACAGUAUCCCCAACGUGCAUGAUGAUGGAGUUUGGCACGCAUUUCGCAGUCACCCAUUUGCCCUCGUAGAAGAGUUGCAGGCCAGGGACCAUGUUGUGGAGGAUGAAAGUUAAGGCGCUCACGUCGGUGUGGGCUUCGACGCCUAGGGCGAGUUCUGGCUGAGGGCAUUUGGGGUAGUAGUUGAUCUUCAUCUGAAGCAGCAGCUCCUCCAUACCUCCAACUUCUUUCUCUAGCCUCCCUUCUUCCAAGCCCAAGCCAAGUGAUAGAACUGACAGAAUUUUGGUCGCUAGCACUCUCAGCUGCCUUGCAUAUUCACUAGUCACCUCGCUGCAGAAGAUUCAGUCAUUUUUAGUGGCAUAUCUCAACUCAUUUUCUGCUUGCUUAUGAUUAUGGAAUGAAAGUAGUAUUCGAUUGGGACUUACGUGUAGUCAGUGGGGUUCUUGGGCCAGAUGGAGAGGUCCCUUUUGUCCUCAGGGAAGACAAGGUGGAAGAAGUAGUCCUCCCAUUCAAGCUGCCCACUAGCAUUGUUAGCAAGCUUGCUUCCAUACCCUUGAAUCUUUCCCGAAGCUUGAUCAUUUGCAUACUUCUCCUUCUCCUCUAUCGGAAGUUCGAAGAAACCCUCACCGGCUUUCUUGACAGACUCCAUCAGAUCAUCAGGAAUCCCAUGGUUGAUCAGGUGCAUAACCCCCCACUCUUUAGCCGCAUUGAUAAGUUGUGCCCUGCAUUCGUCCCGAACCGCCUUGUCCUCCGAAUCCAUCAUGCCUUUCAAAUCAAUGGUGGGGAGUUGAGGCCCUUCUUCUUUCUUCGCUUCAUCAAACACGUCACCAAUGCUCGUAAGCUCUUCUUUCGGCCUGAUGUAUUCUUUGGGGAUGGAUUGGAUCCCACUGCUUGCCAAGCUCUCGACUCUUGAAGCUACUGAAGCCGCUGCCAUUGUUGUAGAUGUGAAGAGACAGAAGGAGGGGAAGAAGUGUGGAGAAGUGUUGGCCAGGUGUUUAAGGUCGUUGGGUGGUGAAGGGUUUUUAUAAAGGAGUGAACUUUUUUGGUUCUGAAGGAAUUCAGUGGGUGUUUGUUUUGGUAGAGCCUA